AACUUGUAUGAGUUAAAAAAUUGGUCUCACCAAGUCUUAAAAUAAAUGACUAAAUAAGUAAAAAUAUUAAUUUCUCAUACAUCAGUUAUAUAACAAUACUAUGUUGUGUAAGUAAUGCAGAUAAAUAAGGAAAGAUAAGCUAACUUAAAUCAAAAUUUGAUAACUAUGCAGGAGUAAAGACUUGAACAAAAUAUUGAUUAAGAAAAAUUAAAUGACUUAUGAAAGUUCAAAAAGACACAGAAAAAAAAUUGAAUAGCCGUGAGCUCAUACUAUUAUCCAGUUAUAGUUAUCCAUAUCAUAAACAGGGGGAGAAACAAUAUUUAAUAAUCAUUCAAAUCAAGAAAUACCCGAUGUCCCAAAUUAAAUUUUAAUCAAACAAAUGAAAACAUACCAGCCAAAUCAACAAAACGAUAAAACACUUCACUUAAAAAUCAAUAGACUUAAACUUGAGAUUUUCAUCAGAGGGUAAGUGUACCUAAAGCUGUGUUCUUUACGGUUGCUAGAGUGCAGGACGACAAUCACCGCUUGCUGAAAAUAAAAAAGAACUAAAUCAAAUGACACAACCCAAAAAAAACAUAAUUAAAAACGCACGCUAAAAAGACGGAAAAAUAACCAGCAAGAACUUGUAAAACCUGAGAAGGUUUAAACAAAAGGAAUUUGGAGCAGUGCAACACUUCUUAGCCACCUAAAAUUUAAUCAAAUUGCUAUAUCAGAACCAUCAUAAACGUAAGAGGCAACCAAAUUGAUAUAUCAAAAUAAAACGCAGCUUAUAAUUUGGAGAACCUAAAAUUUAAUCGAACUACUAUAUAAGAACCAUCAUAAACAUAAGAGCCAACCAAAUUGAUAUAUGAGAAUACAACAUAGCUUAUAAUUUGGACAACCUAAAAUUUAAUCCAAUUAAAACAUGACAAAUGAACAGAUAAAGAUGCUCCCAAAAGACCGAACAACUGAUGACAACUUUAAGAUUAACCACGUAACAAACUAAACCUCACCCUCGACUGAAAACAGACGGUGCACCAGCCAAGUUACCGUCUCCUCUACACAAACAAAACCUGCAAAACCAAUCAUGAACCAAAAAAUUAAAAUAAAAAACAAAUUAUAUACCAUAAGCCUGAAAAACGCUGAGAAAGGAAAUUCCAGAAAGAGAAAACAGAUGGAAGGCAAAGACUCUUCAAUUUUAGACCCAAAAAAAACAACAUACCAGUUUCAUUGUCUCUUGUUCAAUAUGUAGACAAAUCGCUGGGUUCAACAGCCCAUAAUUAGCAAAACCAAACAAAACCCCAAAUUGAUUUUUAAAAAAUAAUAACAAUAGAAAACAUUCCACCCUGUUCGUAUCCUGCAUCUCUUCUAUAACACUAUAACUGUUUCCAUCGGAGACCACAUAAAAACCUCCAAAUUCAAUUUAACCAGCCAUGAAAAUCCAUAAGCGAAACUGGGUUUAAAAAUUCACCCAAAUAAAGAUUCAACUUUUGUAUACUUACGAAUCUAUCAAAAUCAAACUUUUCAGUAUAAAACAAAAGAAAAAUCAAAAGUUGGAAACCCUGAAUAAACGAAUCAAAAGAAAAAUCAAAAGUUGAAAACUUUUCAGUGUAUACUUUUCCACCGGGUUUUAGUAUAUAAAUAAUGUUCUAGCUGCUAGCGUGUCGUCGGUUCAUCCUCAAAAUCUCACCCACUCUCCUAAGCACCCAUUAGAAAAAACUCACAACGAUUCGAUCAACCGAAAGAAAUACCAUAUCAAAUUCUUGAAACGCAGUUGUGGAUUUACCCGCCAUUGUUGCAAAAAAGCUUCAGCUUCCUCCUCAUAAGAUGGAAAAUUGAAGAAGUUCAUGAGUUUCGUAAAUUGGGAAAGUGAUUGUUAGGUAUCAUUAAUUGGUGAAGGAAAAUGAACCGUGAUAAGUUCACCCACAAGACCAAUGAGACCAGUGAGAGUGAUUCUGGGGAUGAUUCUGAGGAUACUACAUUGAAGACAUUGAAGACUUAUGGACGGGACCUUGUUAAUCAGGCUGGGAAACUUGACCCGGUUAUUGGCCGUGACGAGGAGAUAAAGAGAGUGGAGACGAUUCUUUCGAGGAGGACUAAGAACAACCCUGUUCUAAUUGGAGAGCCGGGAGUUGGGAAGACUGCUGUGGUUGAAGGGCUGGCUCAGAGGAUAGUUGGUGGGGAUGUCUCUAGUAAUCUGGCUGAUGUGAGGCUCAUUGCAUUGGAUAUGGGAGCUUUGGUGGCCGGGGCCACGCAUCAAGGGGAGUUUGAGGAGCGGUUAAAGGCGGUUUUGAAGGAAGUGGAAGAGGCUAAGGGGAAGGUUAUUCUGUUUAUUGAUGAAAUUCACCUUGUUCUUGGCGCCGGAAGGACAGAGGGAUCCAUGGAUGCGGCCAACCUGUUCAAGCCAAUGCUCGCACGGGGGCAACUUCGGUGCAUUGGCGCAACAACUCUUGAGGAGUACAGAAAAUAUGUAGAGAAGGAUGCUGCAUUUGAGAGAAGGUUCCAGCAGGUUUAUGUGGCGGAGCCUAGUGUUCCGGAUACAAUUAGCAUCCUUCGAGGUUUGAAAGAGAAGUAUGAGGGUCAUCAUGGUGUUUGGAUUCUGGACAAAGCUCUUGUUGUUGCUGCACAUCUUUCGAGUCGAUACAUCACAGGCCGACAUCUCCCUGACAAGGCGAUUGAUCUAGUUGACGAAGCUUGUGCGAAUGUGAGAGUCCAACUUGACAGCCAACCUGAAGAAAUCAAUAACCUCAAAAGGAAGAGGAUGCAGCUGGAAAUUGAGCUUCAUGCACUUGAGAGAGAAAAUGACAAAGCUAGCAAAGCUCGUCUUGUCGAGGUGCGAAAAGAGCUUGAUGAACUGAGAGACAAGCUUCAACCACUGGUGAUGAAGUACGGAAAGAAGAAGGAAAGGGUUGAUGAGCUUCGAAAGCUUAAGCAGAAGCGUGAAGAGGCUUUGGUAGCUUUAGCAGAGGUCAAAAGAAUAUAUGAUUUGGCUAGGGCUGCUGACUUGCGUUAUGGCACUAUUCCGGAAGUGGAAACCAUCAUUGCGAAGCUUGAAGGUAGUACCGACGAAAACUUGAUUUUGACAGAGACGGUUGGACCAGAACAAAUUGCAGAGGUGGUAAGCCGUUGGACUGGCAUACCUGUCACACGGCUUGGCCAGAAUGACAAAGAAAGGUUAAUUGGACUUGCGGAAAGGUUGCAUAAGAGAGUAGUGGGGCAAGACCAGGCGGUUGAUGCUGUCGCCGAGGCAGUUUUAAGGUCAAGAGCAGGGCUAGGAAGGCCACAACAACCUACUGGUUCAUUCCUCUUCUUGGGCCCAACUGGUGUCGGUAAAACUGAGCUUGCGAAGGCGCUUGCUGAACAACUUUUUGAUGACGAGAAUCUGAUUGUCAGAAUUGACAUGUCCGAGUAUAUGGAACAACAUUCUGUCUCGCGCUUAAUUGGCGCUCCCCCUGGGUAUAUUGGUCACGAUGAAGGCGGGCAACUCACGGAGGCCGUGAGGCGGAGGCCUUACAGUGUUGUAUUGUUUGAUGAAGUGGAGAAGGCUCACACCGCUGUUUUCAACACACUCCUGCAAGUCCUGGAUGAUGGAAGACUAACCGAUGGACAAGGCCGGACAGUUGAUUUCAGAAACACGGUGAUCAUCAUGACUUCAAACUUGGGUGCAGAACAUCUCCUCGCCGGUUUGAUGGGCAAGUGUUCGAUGCAGGUUGCUCGAGAUAAAGUUAUGCAAGAGGUGAGAAAGCACUUUAGGCCGGAGCUGCUGAAUCGUCUCGAUGAGAUUGUUGUAUUCGAUCCUCUUUCUCACGACCAACUGAGGAAGGUUGCCAGAUUGCAAAUGAAGGAUAUUGCAGCCCGACUGGCUGAGAGGGGCAUCGCUAUGGCAGUCACCGAUGCGGCGUUGGAAUACAUUCUGGGCGAGAGUUAUGAUCCCGUUUACGGUGCCAGACCAAUUCGGAGAUGGCUCGAGAAGAAGGUGGUGACGGAGUUGUCGCGGAUGCUUGUGCGAGAAGAAAUAGAUGAAAACUCGACUGUGUUCAUAGAAACAGCGCCAACCGGAAGCGGGCUGGUGUAUAGGGUUGAGAAGAACGGAGGGCUUGUGGAUGCGGCGAUGGGGCAGAAGUCGGAUGUGAUGUCGAUCAGGCUGUGAAGAAGAUGAAGAUUGAGGAAAUGGAUGAAGAUCUUGACAUGGAUGAGUAAAAUAGGUUGUCAACUUGUAAGGAAACUCUUCUGUUUUCUGCAACGUGUCUGUAAUGCUGUUCCAACUGUUUUAACUGUGUUUUUUGAGUCUUAUUUCUCUUGUACGGGGUUGCUUUGUAUAAUUAAAAGUCCUUUGUAAUA